GGGAGAGAGAGAAAGAGAGGGGAGACAGAGAGGGAGGCGGAGCAUAGAGACAGCAGGCUCUUUUUUGGCAAAGUUGGUCAGUGGGAGGGCCUAUUGUGAUGCAACGUUGCAUAAAUAAUGCCACAGACCCUCUAAAUGCUCUGUUGCUAUGGGGACCUUUGUGCCUCAGUGAACAGUGCAUGUGUCUGUGUGCAUGCGUGUGUGUGUGUCAGUGAGUGAGAGUGUGUGUGAUUGCUCUAAAGCCCCAAAGUAGAGACAAAGAAAAAAAACAGACGACAGAGAGAGUAGGACUUCAAGUGACACUUGUAGUCGAUCUCUCUCUCUCUCCCUCUCUGUCUUUGUCUCUGUCUCUCUGUCCCCACCUCUUUCUCUCUCUCUCUCUCUCUCUCUCGCUCUCUGUCUCUGUGUCCUGGCCCAGGACAGAUGAAUGUCUGCAGUAGGGAGAGAGGCAGUCAUGAUGCUUUUUGACUGGGAGGGAGCAAACAAAGGCUGGAUAGCUGCUGAUUUUUCGGCGUGUUUGUAAAGAAUGGUCUUUGUGAAGGAGCUGCAGUUUGAACGACUGACCAGAGAACUGGAAGCCGAACGACAGAUUGUUGCAAGUCAGCUGGAGAGAUGCAAGCUUGGCUCUGAGACUGGAAGCAUGACGAGCAUCAGUUCAGCAGAUGAAAAAUUCCGUUGGAACAACCAAGAUGGACCAAAGGACAUAGAAGAAGAGUUGACAACAGGCCUGGAGCUGGUGGACUCAUGCAUUCGAUCCCUCCAGGAAUCAGGCAUUUUGGACUCACAGGACACCACGACAACAGACAGACAAGGUCUGCUGUCUCAAACGGCUCUGCAGCUUAAUAAUCAAGAUGCCUAUACAGGAGCUGGUUACCAUAGUAACCAAGGCCUGACACUUGGGGAAACAGUCUCUUGUCGGAGUGGUCAGGUUGGAGGGGCACUUCACAGCUAUAACCAGGUGACAUCCAACCGUGCAGCUGCCCAGUUAGUGGGGACUAACUCUCCCUCCCAGUCCCAGAGAGACUCAUUUGCCCAGCAGGGGUUCCAUAUAUCCAGUGAGGGGGGGCCUGGACCUGCUGGACCAUCCAUGUAUUACUCCUGUGCCACAUUACCUGCUCAGCGUGUUAGCUCACCUUUGCAAGCAGUGGGCUCACCAACCAAGCUGCAGCGCCUGGGUUCAGCCUCCUCUGACAUGCCCAGCUAUGCCACACUACAGAGAGUGUCCUCACCCAAACAAUCCCCUAGCCGACUCGCAAAGUCCUACAGCACUUCAUCGCCCAUUAACAUGGUAGCAUCUGGCACUGCCGGCUCCUCCUCGCCUCUUCCUGCAGCAGCGUCUCCGGGAGAAAACCACACCUCUUCACCCCUCCACCAGCUCAGCUCCAUGGUGGGGAGCUAUGCUACUCUGUCACCAACUAAGCGCAUGCUGCAUCACAUCGGAGGAGACACUUAUAAGAUUUCCCACGAGCUCUUUGCCAAUGCAACCCUGAAAAGGCCUGGGAGCCUGGCAGGUAGAGGCUCCAGAGGCUCCUACAGCAGCCAACACAGUCACCUAGGCUCGGAGCUCCGGCCUCUGCAAUCUCCUGAACACCACAUCGACCCGAUCUAUGAAGACAGAGUAUACACCAAACCUAGCCUUAGAGGACAAGCCCCGCCUUCCCCUGGUGUAGAUCCAAUCCCCUUGCAGCGAACAGGAAGCCAGAGUGCCACCGCUACGUUUCAGAGAGGCAGCUUUGCGUCAGGAGGCGGGACAUGUGACUACGCCAACCCUUAUCGUACUCUACAAUUCUGCCCUUCAACCGAAUCUCCGUACAGCAAGUCCGGCACUGCCCUGCCCCCAGAGGCUGCCCUGGGCCGCUCUCCGUCUGUGGACAGCAUCCAGAAGGAUCCAAGGUACGACCCUGAAUUCCUUGUGUGGAAUCAAAAUGAAGCUGAGCAAAGAAUAACUAAGGAGUUUGGCUGGAGGGAUCCAGAGCUGCCAGAGGUGAUCCAGAUGUUACAGCAUCAGUUUCCAUCUGUUCAGUCCAACGCUGCUGCUUACCUCCAGCACCUCUGCUUUGGAGACAACAAGAUCAAGUCUGAGAUCCGGCGGCAGGGUGGCAUCCAGCUGCUGGUGGACCUGUUGGACCACAGGAUGACAGAUGUCCACCGCAGUGCCUGUGGAGCACUGAGGAACCUGGUGUACGGCAAAGUCAAUGACGACAACAAGAUAACCCUGAAGAACUGUGGAGGCAUCCCCGCUCUGGUGAGACUGCUGCGGAAGACCACAGACGUGGAAAUUAGAGAGCUGCUCACAGGCGUUUUGUGGAACCUGUCGUCGUGUGAUGCUGUGAAAAUGCCCAUCAUUCAGGAUGCCCUGGCUGUGCUCACCAAUGCUGUGAUAGUCCCUCACUCAGGCUGGGACAACUCCCCACAGGACUGCAAGCAGCAACUCCACUCCUCACAGGUUCUUCGCAACGCCACGGGCUGUCUCCGAAAUGUGAGCUCAGCCGGGGAGGAAGCCCGCAGGAGGAUGAGGGAGUGUGAGGGGCUGACAGAUGCCCUCCUCUUUGUCAUCCAGACGGCUCUGGGGAGCAGUAAGAUUGACAGCAAGACUGUAGAGAACUGUGUGUGCAUCCUAAGGAACUUGUCCUACCGUCUGGCUGCAGAGACGUCACAGAGUCAACAGGGGGGGUCAGAGGAGUUGGACGGUCUGUUAUGUGAUACUGGUGGGAAGGAUGCAGAAAGUUCUGGCUGCUGGGGCAAAAAGAAAAAGAAAAAGAAGGGUCACGAUCAGUGGGAUGGUGUCGGACCAUUUCCAGACUUAGCGGAGCCCCCAAAAGGCAUCCAGAUGUUAUGGCAUCCCACAAUAGUGAAGCCCUACCUCACACUGCUGUCUGAAUGUUCCAACCCAGACACCCUGGAGGGAGCAGCUGGGGCCCUGCAGAACUUAGCCGCUGGCAGCUGGAAGUGGUCAAUGUAUAUUCGGGCUGCCGUGCGCAAAGAGAAGGGUCUUCCCAUCCUUGUGGAGCUGUUGAGGAUAGACAAUGAUCGGGUCGUGUGUGCUGUGGCCACAGCUCUGAGAAACAUGGCUCUGGACAUCAGGAACAAGGAACUCAUUGGUAAAUAUGCGAUGAGGGACCUGGUGCACCGUUUGCCAGGAGGCAGCAACAACAACAACAGCAGUGGUGGCAGUGGAGGUGUCAACAACAAUAGUCUGGUGGGAAAGACCAUGUCAGACGACACCAUCACAGCUAUCUGCUGUGCGCUUCACGAGGUCAUCACAAAGAACAUGGAGAACACUAAGGCUCUCAGGGAUGCUGGGGGUAUUGAGAAGCUCAUCAGCGUCGCUCGUAGCAAAGGAGACAAACACAGUCCCAAAGUGGUGAAAGCAGCAUCUCAAGUCCUGAACAGCAUGUGGCAGUAUAGAGACCUCCGAAGUCUAUACAAAAAGGACGGUUACUCUCAGUACCACUUUGUUGGCUCCUCCUCCACAAUAGAGAGAGACAGACAGCGACCUUAUUCUUCCUCCCGCACUCCAUCCAUUUCACCUGUCCGGACCUCGCCUAAUCAUCGAUCAGCAAGUGCACCCACUUCACCCAGGGACAUGCUGGCUAUGAAGGACAGGAAAACAGACUAUGAAUCAACUGGAAAUUCCAACUACCUUGGCAACAAGGGCGAGCACACCUCCCGAAAAGACACCAUGACAAAUCAGAUCUCUGCUGGGUCUUCAACAAUACAAAGAGGGACUUACGUGUCACCCACGGAUGAUCGGAAAUACAACCAGGUCUCUUGUCAAGGCUUGCCUUCAGAGCCUUACCCUCCUUUCCAAAACCCACCUCCAGCUGACGGUGGCAACUAUGAGGACCAAGCUUUUUACGAGAAUCAGGUCCAUGUGGGUGGGCGUCCACCGCAGGGUGACCUAAACAUGCAACUUCAGGGUCUCAAGUCCACUGGCAACUAUGUUGAUUUCUACUCAGCCUCGCGGCCCUACAGUGAGCUCAACUAUGAGACAAGCCACUACCCAGCCUCGCCUGACUCCUGGGUGUGAGAAUCGUUUGGAGCAGGAGCAAGAUGGAGAAGGAGGAAGAGCAGGAUCGAGAGGACACAGCCUGUAGUGGACAGUGAAUGUUUAGCUUUUUAAAGUAAAGGACAAAAAAAAAA